ACACGCGUUGUGCAGUUCAGUGAGUUGCAGUUAGAAGUAUCAAGGCAUGUAUGGAAGAUGUAUUGACUUUCUCAUUUCAUUUGAAGGAGAUUCAUAAUGAUUAUCUAAUAGUGAUUAUAAAUAUGUCUGCAAUUAGUACACAUUCUGAUUUCCAUCAACCAUGUGAGAAUCAUGUUGGGAUUUGCGCCGAUUUAAAAAAGAACAUUCUUCCUUAGAAUCAUCAACCAAGAGAGAAUCAUCAAUAUAUGCAGUACUAUGAAACCCCAUUUGAAGCAGAGUCGAAAAACAGGAUAAUAAGCAUGUCUCAAAUCGACUGAUGCCAUUAAAGAAAAAGGUCUUAUCAAUUUUAAUGCUGCCUCAAAUGGUUCCAUUUUAAAAUGAUGUCCAACGUUGUCAGUCCACUAUAAAGAAAGCUAUUUGGUGAACGGCAAACGAACACAGAUCGCGAACGGAGCGCAAAGUGAACAGUGAGCGAAAAGUGCGCAAGGUGAACUAUUAAAUCGGAAAGUCUAGGAUAUUUGCCUUGAAUUGUACUUAUUUCUUAAUCAGAUUUACAAUUACCGUUUCUGUGACGAACGAGACACAAGUGGUUUUCCCCAUGAAAUGAAGGUGUCUUAAAUUUCAAGUUCUACAACUUUACAGUAUGGCAUAUUACAACAUUGAACCCAAUAUUCAAAAUGCCUCCCAAUACGUAACCAACACUAGUAAUGAUGACUACCAGUCGUUAACGGAAUUCUACAAGCGGUAUGCGGAAUAUCAUGGAUAUAUUAGCGUAUUUGUGUGCACUUUCGGAAUUAUUUCAAACUUGGCAAAUAUCGUUGUACUCACGAGAAAGAACAUGGUCACGUCCGUUAACAUGAUAUUGACAUGGCUAGCCGUGGCGGACACACUAAAAAUGCUGGAUUAUCUCCCAUUUGUGACAAAAUUCUACAUUCUUAAAGACCCUGAUCUACAAUAUUUUCAGACUAGAAGCUACAGUGCUAUAAUUUUCUUAUUAUUCCAUGCUAGUUUUAGCAUUGUGUGUCAUACGGUCGCGGUUUGGCUAACUACUGCGUUGGCUAUAUUCAGAUUCCUGUUUAUUUGGUUCCCUACGUAUGGAAACGUUUGGUGCUCUCCUUUUAGAGCUAAAAUUGUAAUUUGUAGCGUGUAUAUCUCCAUCAUGGUACUUAGCAUACCUAAUUAUGCAAUUAACAGUUACAGUCAUCAAGUUGACAAUGAAACAGAUCUGUAUAUGUCUGCCAAAUCGGAAUCGUUGAAAGAUAAGUGGUUUGACGAUGCCAACCAGUAUAUUCAUUCGAUACUGUUCAAACUCGUGCCAUGCUUUAUGCUGACGAUACUCACUCUUUUGUUAAUAUAUGCCAUGCACAAGGCGUACAAGAAGCGACAAGAACUGAAAAGUGUCGGUAGAAAGGAAGACGCUGAUCGCCACCACGAACACAAUCGUACCACAGGCAUGCUCUUGGCAGUGGUGGUGAUGUUUUUACUAACUGAACUUCCGCAAGGGAUUCUUACUUUAAUUGUUAGCUCUGAGCCGGAAUGGGAGGCGAAGGUUUACAACAAACUCGGAGAUGUCCUUGAUAUUGUCGCACUGUGCAAUAAUGCUGUGAAUUUUGUCCUGUACUGUAGCAUGAGUAAGCAAUUCAGAGAUACUUUUGUCCGAAUUUUCUGUCAGUGUUGUCCAGCAGAUGGAGUGGGUUUUCUUAAAGUUAAACUAAACACUACGGCGAAUGGAAACAAAAAUUACAUGGCAACAUUGAACAAUGGACAGAGUAACGCUAACGCUUCGUAUGUCUAGAAUUAGGGCAAAUAUUAACAAUAACUAAAUCUUGUGUCCCUUUACAUGGCCAAGACAAGCAAUUCGUAUUUUUAUCUGAAGCAGUAGUAGUUUUUAGCUAAUUGGAGCUCAGGGCUCAAAGUGAGCUUUCUUGAUUGACUUAUCUUCCAAACUUUCCACAGCACAGCCUUGGGUAAAAGGGUUCAGGUUUGCUCAAAUGAAGGGCCAAAGGACCUUCCUUUUCAACGGAGAUAAUUAAAAACAACUGAAAUAUGAUGGUGUGUUAAAUAUAUAAUUUUAAAAAAACUAAUGACCCAUGAAAUUGAAUUUGGUAUAAAAGCUUUUCUGCAUAAAGAAGCUGUUGGUUUCGUCAAACCAUGGACCCCCGGGUCAUAGAAAUAUACAGGAAAUUUUCAAGAACCAUCUGGGUGCCAUUUGUCAAAUAGACAUGCAAACAUCUUCAAUAGGGGCACACUGCAUCCGCCACACAGCCAGAGUGGGGCCACACUUUCACUUUUACCUUGGAAUAUACAUGUAUUAUAGUCAAAAAUCAAUGAAAAUCAACUUUUCAAGAACAUAAAGAUAUGAUUUCUUUAAACUCAUCCAGGACCCGGGGGGACCCAAAAAGGUGUUUAAAUAUGAAAAGAAAUAGCAAAAUUAUUUGACAAUCGGACACUGUUAAUUAGGUAUGGCGUAUAUUGAAAUUUGUUCACAUCAUCUUUUGGUAUAGGGUUUCAAUAUCUACAGAGGAAUAUACUCUGUAAUGAAAAUUUUUUAAUUCAAUUUCCCCCGAGAUCCACAUUGUAUCAAAUUAUUAUGCAACCUCCUUCAUGUAGUGUCGGUUCAAGUCUUUUCACACCGUGACCUCUGGGAUCUUAAUGGGACAACAGUAGGAAUUCACACACGCGCGCACACACAGACACACGAUUGCCAAAUGUUCGGGACGAUCUGUCCCUUCCUCGCACGAAACCAACAGUUUUACAUGUACAUCAGUAUGAUAUGUACCAAAUAAGCUAGCUUAGUAAGUAUAUACAUGUACACUGCAAAUUACAUGUUUAUUGUUUUGUCUUGCUAAUCAGUGGAUUUACUAGAGAACGAAUUAGGACAAGUCCUAUUCGUCCACUGGGCUGAUCCACUAAGGUGUUCUUCUCAUGAAUGAAUCACAGGAAUAUAAUAUGACAAAUUGAUAUGCAUACAUGUAGUAGAUUUGGAAUACAGACCUCACUAUAUCGCUGCUCAAAUUGGGGGAGGGGGUACAACUGUUAUGGGGAACCAUAUGGUUUGUGGGUUUCCUGUCUGAAAUAAUGAUAGCAUGGCAAAACAAGAAUCUGUGGAGGUUUUAUAUUGUUCGUGGUACUCUCAAGUUCAUGAAGAGUUUAGAAUAAAACAUGUGUAGAGUAGAAGUGUAAAAUCACCUACACAGUACAGUGUUUUCAUUUAUGUCUUAUGAAUAUGAAUACGUACAUGUACAUCUCUUAAGCGUUUAGUCUUAAUUGUUUGUUCUAUGCCACAUAUUGAUGAUUAUUAAAUUAUGUGUGAUGGAGA